UGUGAGGGAACAAGCCAGAAGCAACAAAAGCAGAGUCUUUACUGUAUCGAAAAGAUCGCAUCAUUCUCAACCGUUAGAUCUUCCUCUUCCUCUCCAUCUCUCUCUCUGCCAUCUGACCUGACCUGUGGUGGAGUUGCAGAUAUUCAAAUAACUCAUCCCCAUCUCUUUGUUCACCUCUCGGAUUCUAAAGAGCUGAGAGAGAUUAGGGUUUCAAACCGUACCUGGGGUUCGAUUCGGUGGAUUUUGGAUUCUUCUCUCCUGCGGAAGUCUAAUAGGAAUAAUUGCUGAUAUCGAGGAGGAGAAUGACGGAUUCGGGUCUGAUGAUGAUGCCGGCGGAGAUUGCUGGAAUUUUAACGACGGCGUUUACGAGCUGGUGGGAUGAUGUUAACGAGUCAACUCAGUGGCAAGAUGGGAUCUUUUUCGCUCUCUGUGGUGCUUAUGCUCUUGUUUCCGCCGUUGCCCUUGUUCAACUGAUAAGGAUCCAAAUGAGAGUGCCUGAAAAUGGUUGGACUACUCAGAAGGUGUUUCAUCUUAUGAACUUUGUCGUCAAUGGAGUUCGUGCGGUUCUAUUUGGAUUCCACAUGCAAGUAUUCCUUGUGCAUCCCAAGGCUCUUUGCUGGGUACUAUUGGAUCUUCCAGGCCUUCUCUUUUUCUCGGCAUACACGCUGCUUGUGCUGUUCUGGGCAGAGAUAUAUCACCAGGCUAGAAGCUUGCCAUCGGAUAAGCUGCGGAUAACAUAUAUUUCAGUCAAUGUGGCUGUAUAUUUGGCUCAGAUUGGUAUCUGGGCAUACAUCUGGGUAAAUGAUAACAGCACUGUGGAGUUGGUUGGAAAGAUAUUUAUCGCAGUUGUGUCUUUCAUUGCCGCAUUAGGCUUCUUGCUGUACGGAGGAAGAUUGUUUUUCAUGCUAAGAAGGUUCCCUAUCGAGUCAAAAGGAAGAAGGAAGAAACUCCAUGAGGUUGGAUCUGUGACAGCCAUAUGCUUCACAUGUUUCCUCAUAAGAUGCAUUGUGGUGGCUGUAUCAGCUUUUGACAAGGAUUUAACACUUGAUGUUCUUGAUCAUCCAGUUCUGAAUUUAAUCUACUAUAUGGUGGUUGAAGUACUUCCAUCGGCACUAGUCCUCUUCAUUCUCCGAAAGCUACCUCCAAAGAGAGUAUCAGAUCAAUACCAUCCAAUCCAGUAGACCUUUAUCUGAACCACCACAGGGCAAGGCUGAUGAUGUUUAAGAGAGACAAAAGAGAAAAUUGGGAAAAUAUCUAAGGGUGAAGAAAGAAAUCGGAGUUGGAAUCUGCGUGAGUUUUUGGAAUGCACGAUCAAAAUGAUUUUACAGCUUUAGUUGUUAGCCCUCCCCGCCUUGACUUUUGCUUGGUAGUUUUUUAAUUAUUAUUAUGUCUGUUUUAAGUUUAUAUAUGCUCUUCUGCUACUUUGGAAAAUCUGGUCUCAGUACAAACAAGAGGCUCAAAACAUUUGUUGAGCAUGUUUGAUUGUUAUGUUCUGUUGGGUGAAAAAUAAUCAAAUGUUAUACUUUUGU